AUCCAACUCCACCUUCUGCUUCAUCAUCUCCCAGCCCUCAAACGCUUCAAUCAUCGCCAUCGUCGCCCUGCAAUCGCCCUCCCCGUCAGCCCGCCGAACCGACGACGCCGCGAUUUUGUGCGUGCCAUCCGCUCUCCCAUCCGCCUCGCGCCGCGGCGAGUUUCUCCCAGCGAUCCACCGUCUCUCGCCCCCUACCGACUACGGCAAAAAACCCUGAAGGCGCCGGCUGCUUCUCUUCCUUCGCCGACACGGGACCUGCUUUUUGCGCAGGCAUCACCGCAAACCAUCGCUAGAGCACAGGGGACACAGUUCCAGGCAUUCCAUCACGAUUAUACGAGUGUAUGACGCCGCUCGCCUGAACAAAGGCCCUUUCCCCUUACCGCAGCGACAUCUCGGCCGCUGGCCUGGCGCGACACGCCACUUCGCUUUCUCGCGAGGAGACUUCCUUCAUGAUGUCGUUCCAUCCCCAGACUCCCCAAAGCCCCUCGCAAUUCUCGCCCGCCACCUCCUCGGAUCCCUCUCUCGGCUCAUCCGGCUCUGUGGCUGCCGCAGGAACAGGAACGACGACUUUGCCGACUCCCGCACACAGCGUCAACGGCAGCUCCUCUCAGCUGGACUCCAUGAUGCUCGACGAUUCGCCGCAGAAGCGAAAGCGGCCUCUCGAAGAUGUAGGCGACGACCGCGAGCUGAAAAAGCCUCACGUGGACGACUACAAGCUCGCCAUCGAAGACCUGCACCGAGAUGUCGGCCAUAAAUAUCUCCUUCUUCAAUCUCCGCAUCCCGAGUCUUUUCCUAGGACAUCGGAAGAUCUUUACGAGAUGUACGACUUGGUCGAUCUGGCCACCGAAGUCGCCAGAGAGAAGCCAAACGGCGAGAAGAACGCGCUCCGCAAGACGUAUAAGGGCCACAUCAAGCGGCUGGGCGUCACUGGACAUUUUGAUGUUGCUAAGAAGAACGACGACGCUCCCUCAGACUUUUUAUCCAUGCUGCAGGUUCCCGACCAUGAAUGGAACGUCCAUCAAGUCAAAGGACGAUCUCUUAUGGAUGGCUUAUCAGAUGUAACCAAAUCGACCUUAGGUCGCGCGCUGACUAUGGCUAAGGGCCCGGUUCCCAAAUCGUUUUGGGACUCGUCAGUGUUAGGGGACAUUGGCCCAUCUAACGGUGAUAGUUCAAAGGCACCGUCUGCGAAACCUACGGCGCCAAAUACACCUCUGAUAUCCAUGUCUGGGGCGUCCGCCAUGAGCAGGUCCAAGUCUCAGCUGUUACCUGGCCAAAAUCCCGCACGACCUCAGCGGAGCAUCAAGAAGCGGUCAUACGGCGAUAGCAGCUAUGAAGGAUAUGGCGAAGGCUUCCCCGACGACGACACUGGCCUUGAAACAGGCUACUCUACGGGGGAAGGUGAAGGAGGCCAGAAGCGCCGGAAGAAGGCAAGCCAAAACCCGAAUUACGAUGCUGCCGGUAAAUUCUAACACCGUGCAGAGCUCAGGAAACACGCCACCCUACCCGAGCGCUAUGCGCCAAUCGAGCUAUGGCCCUGGAAUGGUUGGAGUAUGACAACUG